UAUUCAUAAGCUUAGAAAAGCAAUAAUUACAAGAAAAUUGUAAGAAUUUGAACUUACAAAUAUAUAUAGAGUGUAUUCAGUGAAAACGAACAAUCAGGAAAAAUGUUUUAACUUCUUUAUCUUUUAAAAGGUUUUUAUAAAAUAAAGACCUAUUCGAAAAAAAGUGUUAUCUAAGAAAAAGUGAAGGAAAUAAUCCUUAAAUUUUUCAAAAGAUAAAGUUGAGCGAUAAACAACAUCGAAGCAUUACAAGAAGACAACAAUUGAAGUUACUUACAAGCGCUUUCAUUCUAAUUCCUCAAAAUAUCUCACCUUAUUUUUCUCUUUGACAUACACCAACACAAGUGCAAAUCUUUUCUCGAGUUGGAACUAAAAUCUCUUGAGCUAUUUGAGAAAAAUUCUCAUAAAAUCAUUCUGUAAUAUCACAAAAUACAUUUGGAUAUUUUUUUUGGGAUCAAGUUUCCCUCUUUUGCAAGAAUUAAGUGAAAUAACAGUGAUUAGAGCGUGUUUUUAAGUGAAUUUCGUGGAUAAAAAGAAGCGUCCAUAAAAGAAAAUUUUUUUCGUGGCAUUUCAAAAUGUCUCUUCCUGUUAAUUCACUGUAUAGUUUGACUUGGGGCGACUACGGAACAUCGUUAGUGUCUGCAGUUCAGCUUCUACGAUGUCAUGGAGACUUAGUAGAUGUUACACUAGCAGCCGAAGGCCGUUCAUUCGAAGCACAUAAAAUUGUAUUGUGCGCUGCCAGCCCAUAUCUUUUGAAUCUUUUAAAAAAUACAACAUGCAAGCAUCCAAUUGUAAUGUUGGCCGGUGUUUCGGCGAGCGAUUUGGAAGCUCUCUUGGAGUUUGUUUAUCGUGGCGAGGUCAGCGUUGAUCAUUCUCAAUUACCAUCUCUUUUACAAGCAGCACAAUGCUUGAACAUUCAAGGAUUAGCACCUCAAACUGUCACUCACAAGGAUGACACAGCCUAUACGUCGAUCCAAAUCCAUCCAGGUCUGGUACACCAGGAUGUCAAAACUCAUAUUCUCGAAGUAGGUGACAAUAUGGGCGAAGAAUUGAUCAUGCAACAACCACAACAAAUUCAAACUCACCAUCAAAUUGUCGAAGAAAUUCUCCCAGAGCAAAUGAGCGAUGAAGUCACAAAGGAAGUUAUCAAUCAAUUCUUACCACAACGCAAACGUAAACCGAGAGUCCCAAAAACCCCAAACAAGCAGAACCCAGCAAAAGUCGUCAAAUUGGAACCGCAAGCAUCUGGAUCGGAAACUAUCACAACAAUCACUAAUGUUGAACCAACCACUGAAGAAAUGAUCGUUGAAAAUAAGGAACAGGUUACGGAAAUCGUUGAACAAAUGGGAGAAGAACAAGUUGAACAACCAUCAACUGGUGAAGUUAAGGUCAAAGUAGAAGGAAAGCCAUCGAAAGACAAGUCAAGCAAGCCAAAAUCAAAAUCACAAUCGGAACAACCAGCGACAUGUCCAAUCUGUUCAGCUACCAUUCGGCAAUCACGCAACUUGAGGCGACAUUUGGAAUUGAGACAUUUUAAGAAACGAACACCGAAAAAAAUCAAGAAGGAAAUGGCUGCUGCUGAACAACUUGCUAACACAUCAACGGAAAUCUUAUCGGACAAUGGAAAUGGAAAUAACACAAUAACUGUCACUAUGGAGCCAGGAUCUGACCAGCAAACAAUCACAGUCAAUGGACAACAAACUGGGCAACACGUCUUGACAACUAAUUCAGAUGGAUCACUUUCAAUUUCUGGAUUACCAGGUCAUAUCAUCGGAAGUUUAGGAAAUGCGACAAUCAUCCGAACUGAAGAUGGACAACAAAUUGAAUCAGGACAAUUGAUAACAACUCAUGAACCAUCACUGAGGACUUCUACAGGUGAAGUUUAUCGUGUUGGUACAACCGUUUAUCAUAUAGAAGAACGCCGUAGUGACCAACCACGUUUAAAUUAAAGUCAAAUUCGUAGAUUCUUAAGUGAACAAAGAAACAAUAGAAAAAAAAGUGAAACAUGCAGCGAAUUUGACUUUUGUAAAAAGAAAAUGAAGAACAUUUAAAAGUAAAGUAAGUUGGUGUUGACAGGAAAGCACCUUUCAUGUGGAAUAUAUUAUAAUCGGAAUAUUAACUUGUUUUUUUUUUGGAAUUCUUCGGUUGACGAUAACUUUCUCGAUCGAUUUUUUUGCUUUUAAUUUGAAUUUUUUUUGACGUAAAGAUUAAUCGUGACAUGAUUAAUAAUAAUUUUCGUAGUAAAAACAAAAGAAAUUUUCUUUAAUUUACAAUUUGAUUUAGUUUUGUGAAAUAAAGUUUGGAAGCUUCUUGGGUUGAAUACAAAGUUUAGAAUUAGUUAUAAAUAUUCUGUAAUGUUUUUAUUUCAUUUGUUGGGAGAUUGAAGUAUCAAAAAUUGGUAACACGCAUUUUACAAUCACAUUACAAGCCUAACAAAUGAAAAUAUUUUCAACUCUCCCUUAGGGUAAUUUUGAAAGCCUUCGGUUUUAUUUUUCUUCAUUAUAAUUAAUUCUUAUAUCGUCACUAAGAAAAUAUUUUCUAGUUAGUAAGUGAAAAGAAGAAGAAAAAGUCUUAGAUAAUUUUCAAACACACAGAAGACCUUCGAAAUCUAUUGAAAUAAGAGAAAUAAGCAGCGUUACAAUGACAUUUGUCACGAACUUAUAAUCUUGUACAAAGAAAUUAAUCGUGGUUUAGGAUUUGAUAAAAAUAUUCUUUUAUGUUGUCAAAAGAGAUGGAAAGAAAGUUCAAUUUUAAUUUUCAACCGACAACACAUUUUGACAUUUAUUUUUGUUUACAUUUUCGCUCAACUCUAUCUAGUAAAAUAAACGAAAUGCAAAGCAGAAUGUUUUCUGCAAUUAUCUAGCUAGUUAAGUCAAGAAAGAAAUAAAAAUCUCUGUUGCAAAGCACUAAAAAUCAUAAAGAAGGAAAACGACGUUUAAGGAAAAUUUAGUCAUCUAAAAAUUUUUUUUUCUUAUAAAAUUUGAUAAAAAUACAAAAAAAAACUGCUGCGGAACCAAAAUAUGUUGAGUGUUUAUUUGAUUAAUUAAUAGUUGUAAUGUUUAAAAACGUAAAUUGAUUAAUUCACUAGAAAAGUGUCUGAGAUUGAUUGUAUGGAGAAUUCUUAUGUCUAGAUUAUGCACCAAUUGUGAAUAUGAAAAGUUCACUAAAAUUCAGAUCAGAAAAGGAUUUUAAAACAUGAAGAAGUUCACCUAAAUUUAAGUAUAAAGAAGAAUUGAAAUUUAUUAUCAGAAUCAUCAUUCGUCAUCGACGAAAAUAAACAACAACAGAUGAAUCAAUAUUUUCAGACACAAUUAUACUUGUCACUUGUAAAAUUAUUCUUGAAUUAACUUCGAAAACAUUAAAGAAAGGAAGAAUUGUUUAGCUAUUACAGAUAAACUGAAGUAGUUUUAAUUCUUAAAUCAAUACAAUAUGAAAUAAUGACCUUUUUUCUGUCAAAAUACUAACUGUAAUUUGAAUAAAAAAUUAUGAAAAAAUAAUAAAAAGCAGAA